GUUAAAAAAGUUAAAAAUAUUUUCAAUAGGGCCUAAUAAACUGUCUGGUAUGAUUCCUCCCUCACUUUACAACAUAUCAUCUUUGAUCGAUUUCUCAAUAACACAUAACCAAUUUGAAGGCACUUUGCCCCCUACAUAGGCCUUCAACUUCCCAAUCUCAAAGAAUUUCUUAUUGGUGGUAAUAAGUUUUCCGGGAAAAUACCAGAAUCAUUUUCAAAUGCUUCUAAGCUUGAAAAACUUGGACUUAGUACAAAUCAUUUGUUGGGAAAAGUUCCAGCUAGUUUGGGGAUCAAUCUACCACAUCUUAGGAAACUCAAUUUAGAGGGAAAUCAUCUAGGAAACUACUUGCAUAAUAGCUUGGAUUUUAUUGCAUCUUUAAAUAAUUGUAGUCAAUUGGAAGAAUUGAUUUUGGAUGAUAAUAACUUUGGUGGCCCUUUACCAAAAUCUUUAGCUAAUUUGUCAACUCAAAUGACUUAUCUUUAUCUUGGAGGGAAUCAAAUAUCUGGAACUAUUGCUCCAACAUUAGAAAACCUGGUCAACUUAAUCGGCUUAGACAUGGAGUAUAAUCUUUUGGAAGGUGACAUUCCGACUUCUUUGGGGACUUUAAGGUUCUUGCAAAGGCUUACAUUGAAUGGAAACACAUUAUCAGGAACCAUACCCUCAUCCUUGGGAAACCUCACACAAGUCUCGGAGCUUGAUUUAUCAGAAAACAAUUUUAGUGGAAGCAUAACUCUAAAUAUUGGAAACUGCCAAAAUCUACAGAGGCUUUGGCUUUCCCAAAAUAUUCUAAGUGGAACUAUUCCCAAAGAAGUUUUUGGUUUUCAUUCACUUCUUGAGCUAGACUUAUCACAAAACUCACUCAAUGGUAGUAUACCAGUAGAAGUGGGAAAGCUUAAUACUAUCACCCAACUUGACCUCUCUGAAAACAAUUUGACCAGUGAGAUUCCAGACACAAUUGGAGAUUGUACCAGUCUCCUAUCACUUUCCCUACAAGGGAACUUCUUUCAAGGAAUUCUUCCUUCUUCUUUGGCUUCUCUUAGAGGUCUAGAGUACUUGGAUCUUUCUCGAAACAACCUUACAGGAAAUAUUCCUAAGGAUUUACAGAAUCUUAAAUUCUUGAAUUAUUUGAAUCUUUCUUUCAAUGAGCUUAGGGGAGAGGUACCAGACAAAGGCAUCUUUGAAAACACUACUGCAAUAUCAAUUGAUGGAAAUGCCAGGCUUUGUGGUGGUGUACCAAGAUUACAACUUCCAAGAUGUGAAAAAGCCAUUGAAUCCAAACAAGGAAAGAAGAAAGAUCACAAGUUGAUAAUCAUAAUUGUUUGUGUGAUUGCAUUUAUUCUUCUAUUUGCAUGUUUAUCAUUUUUGUUUUGGAGAAGGAAAUCAAUAAUGAGAUCAUCAUCAUCAAAGUCUGAACUCUCAUCAAUCAGCUUUCUUUCAAAGGUUUCAUACAAGAGUUUACACAAGGCCACCAAUGGAUUCUCUCAAAGCAUGUUGAUUGGAACAGGCAGCUUUGGCUCUGUGUUCAAAGGCACAGUUGAUCAAGAAGGAAAUGAAGUUGCUGUAAAGGUCCUUAAUCUGAACCAGAAAGGAGCUUCCAAGAGUUUUAUGGCUGAAUGCAACACGUUGAGAAAUAUUCGACACCGAAAUCUUGUUAAGAUCUUAACAUGCUGCUCAAGCAUUGAUUUCAAUGGUGAUGAUUUCAAAGCAUUAGUGUUUGAGUAUAUGGGAAAUGGGAGCCUAGAUAAAUGGUUACAUGGAGAAAACCAAUCAAGGGGUUUGAAGUUUAUCCAGAGAUUAUCUAUAGCUAGUGAUGUAGCCUCUGCAAUAUGGUAUCUUCAUGAUCAUUGUGACCAUCCAAUCAUUCAUUGUGAUUUGAAACCAAGCAAUGUUCUCCUUGACAACGAGAUGGUGGCUCAUGUUAGUGAUUUUGGAUUAGCUAGGCUGAUCCUUAACACCAAUCAAGUGUCUGAAACUCAAACCAGCACAAUUGGAAUGAAAGGCACCAUUGGUUAUGUCCCUCCAGAGUAUGCCAUGGGAGGUGAGCCAUCAAAGCAAGGGGACAUGUACAGUUUUGGGAUCUUAUUGAUGGAGAUGUUCACAGGAAGGAGUCCAACUGAUGAAUCGUUCAAGGAUGAUCUGAAUCUCCAUAACUUUGUUCAGAUGGCAUUGCCAGAAAGAGUUGAUCAAGUUGUGGACUCUGCUCUUCUAAGUGGAGAAGCUGUAGAAACCACAAUGAGAAGAGAAAACUACAAUAACAAUAGAGGAACUGGUGAAAUUUACACAGAAGGAGAAAUUAACAUUAAUUUUGAGCACCCACAUCAGAGAAGCACUAAUUUGUGUAAGUGCUUGAUUUUAAUUUUGGAGAUUUGACUUGCAUGUUCAAAAGAUUCACCAAAUGAAAGAAUGAAAAUAAGAGAUGUGAUCAAGGAGUUACAACAUAUAAAAAAAUGCUUAUGUGAGACGUGGGAGGCAAGAACAUAGAAGAAGAACCAGACCAACUAACUAAUUGGUAAUAUACUAGAACAUAUUUCAUUUGCAUUAGCUUUUAUUGCUAGUUCUUGUGAAUUUUGAAAGAGUAUUAAUAUAUUAGAAGACUUAUUUCACAUUGACUUAUUGUAUUAAUUUUGUUCAAAUUUUUUUAAAUACUUUCUAAGCCACUAUCACUGUCUCACAAACUAACAUGUCAUUUGCACAUCAAGAGAUGGGAACUUUAUUGAAGGAGCCCAAAUUAAUGGUGAAGAUCUUUCGUUCUAUAUAAUAUAUAUCAUUUUGAGAAUAAGCUUGAGCAUUUAUCAUCUAACUUGUAUCUAAAUUUUAGUAUUUAGCACAUGUAUGUUACUUGAUGUUUGUCCAUUCUGUUUUGUUUUCAUUUGUUAUGCAUAUUGAAUAGUUUGUAAAUGUAAUCAAAAUGUUCUACAUGUGUUUUAUGGUCUAAAUUGAUAGAUACUUUAUGCAGUCAAUACCAAUUCAUUUAUUUAACUCA